AUGUGCCCCGGCUAUGCGGCCUGUCAAGCCCGUUCACGUGUUUAUGAACAGAAAAAUCGGGCGACGACCAUCGACGGGGCCAAGGUUUCUGCUGCGAUGGGUUUGGCACCAGCUAUGCUGCUGUGUUCAGCCAGUUGCCGAAUGAUGACUGCUCUUUGCUCUUCGGAUCGGAAGUGCUUCCGCAGCUCACGGAACGGUUGGAUCCGCUCCGUUGCUCGGAGCAUCUUCAUACUCGCUAGGGAACCCCUGCCACCCCCCCCCUCCAGUGUACAGAGUUGA